AUGUGGAAGAACGAGGCUAAUGAGAGGGGUACGGAGGGCAGGGAGAGGGGUACGGAGGGCAGAGCUGGGGCCACGGACUCGCUGCCCAUCCGCAAGCACAGAGAGCAGUUGGUGGAGGCAGUGAAACGCAAUCCCUUCCUCAUCGUGACCGGAGAGACGGGGAGUGGCAAAACCACACAGUUACCGCAGUAUCUGCGCCGGGCAGGCUUUGCGCAGGACGGUCUGAUCGGGGUGACGCAGCCCAGGAGGGUGGCUGCCAUGUCGGUGGCCCUGCGGGUAGCGGAGGAGAUGUGCUGUCCCCUGGGGGCUGACGUGGGGUAUCAGGUCCGCUUCGAUGACUGCACGUCCGAGGCGACUGCCAUAAAGUACAUGACGGAUGGCUGUUUGCUUCGGGAGAUCCUGAAGGACCCGGGUCUCAGUCGUUACAGCAUCAUCAUCCUGGACGAGGCCCACGAGAGGAGCCUCAGCACAGAUAUUCUCUUUGGUUUGCUGAAGAACCUGAUGGCACAGACGGGCUCCUGUGAUCGUCGAUCUCCCCUGAAGGUGGUGGUGAUGUCGGCCACGCUGGAGACGGAGAAACUCGUGAAAUUCCUGGAUGACUGCCCCGUCUAUCAUGUCUCUGGACGCACCUUCCCCGUCAAGCAAACCUUCUGCAAUCUGAUCGGCCCGAGGGACAAGGAGAGCACUGCCUUUGUUAAAGAGGUUGUGGACAUUACUCUGGAGAUCCACAUGAACGAAUUGGAAGGAGACAUCUUAGUUUUUUUAACGGGUCAGUCUGAGAUCGAGCGAGCUUGUGAUAUACUUUACCAGAAGGCGGAAUCAAUAGAUUACCAAUACAGCGUGAGAGAUCGAUGUGUGGAAGGGCUGCUGAUCCUGCCCCUUUAUGGGUCACUGCCAACGGAUCAGCAGAAAAAGAUCUUUCUUCCUGCUCCGACUCACAUCAGAAAGUGCGUCGUUGCUACUAACAUUGCUGCCACCUCUUUGACAAUUGAUGGAAUAAGGUACGUGGUGGACAGCGGCUUCGUGAAGCAGUUAAACCACAAUCCUCGAGUCGGCCUGGACAUCCUGGAGGUGGUCCCAAUCUCCAAGAGUGAGGCCGUGCAGCGGGCAGGAAGAGCUGGAAGAACAUCCGCUGGGAAAUGCUUCCGGAUCUACAGCAAAGAAUUUUGGGAGAAGUGUAUGCCUGAUCACAUGGUCCCCGAGAUCCAGAGAACAAGUUUAACGUCUGUGAUCCUGACUCUCAAAUGUCUGGGAGUCAACAAUGUUAUUGGGUUCCCAUACCUCGACAGUCCUGAGGAACGACACAUUUUGGAGGCUCUGAAGCAGCUGUACCAGUGCGACGCUAUUGACAGGUUGGGAUGUGUAACCAAACUGGGCCGUCUGAUGGUGGAGUUUCCUCUCCCCCCGGCUCUGACCGGCGCAGUGCUGAAGGCGGGAGCGCUGGGCCUCGAGGACCUUUUACUGCCUGUGGCUGCGAUGCUUUCGGUGGAAAACGUUUUCAUUCGACCAGGAAACUCGGAGAAACAGAAAGAAGCUGAUCUGAGGCACCGGGAGAUGGCACUGGAGGCUGGCGGCACCAACGACUUUGCGACGCUGCUCAACGUGUUUGAAAAGUGUAGAGCAAAUGCCUCCCCAGCCACCUGGUGCCGUGAACACUGGAUCCACUGGCGGGCGAUGAAGACGGCGUUCAGUGUGGAGAAACAGCUCCGAGAAAUACUCUGUAGAGUGAAACAGAUGAAGGACUUCCCCAUCGAGACCUUUGAUGGCUCCAGCAGUGAGCUGCUGAGAAGGUGUCUGUGUGCCGGGUAUUUCAGCAAUGUCAUCAGAAAGUCGGUGGGAAGAACCUUCUACACAAUGGACGGACACGGAUCAGUUGUUCACAUUCAUCCUUCCUCCAUCCUGUUUGAUCAGGAAAGCCAACUGGACUGGGUUAUAUUUCACGAUGUCCUGGUUACGUCUAAAGUCUACGUGCGGAACCUGUGCCCGGUGCGUUACGAGUGGGUGAAGGACCUGCUGCCCAAACUGCACGAAAUCGACGUGUACCAGCUGAGCAGUGUGGCGAGGGAUCAGGUGACCGAGGAGAUGGUGACAAGGGGAGCAAAGCAGGAUUCUAAACAAAAAUCUGAACAAGAGGUGGAGGAAGCGCUGAAGAAACUGGAGAAGAGGAAUGAUGACCAGUCCAUAUCGGACGCUCGAGCCCGGUACCUUCAGCGAAAGCUCGAGAAGUCUCACAGCAACGCUCGCUGAGGGUAGAGAUGAGCCAGAGAGAGAAAGAGAGAGAGAGAGAGAGAGAGAGAGAGGAGAGAGAGAGAAAAACAAAUGUGGGCAAAUGGUAAAGGAAGCAGGAAGCAGCCAGUGCUGUUGACUUUUCCUCACUGGUUGGGUAGGAGCAGGUCAUUCCCACCAGGCUUGGGCAGAGUCGAAGCCUGAAACCACCAUCAGAGGGUUUGACAGUUUAAAAAACAAGGCAACAGCUGGAGUCUCCUGUAGGUUCCAUCUACCGCAGGAGAUCACUUUAUAUUCUAACCAAACAAAUUGCCUCGAGAAGCCAAACCUCUCCCAGUGCAGGCAAAUGAAAGGCACGUGUCAAAUGAUGGUCGCAGCGAACUUCAGAAUCGCAAGUAAAGUCUUGCGUGAGGAUGGACGUUGGGGUGGGGUCGGGGAGGGAAAGCACAGGUGCUGUGUUUGUGUGCAGAAAUGUUCGAACACUUUUCGUGGUGGGAAAACUAGGGGAGAUUAGAAAAAAGGAUGGAAAUCUGAAAGGGGACAGUGAAAUGGUGCAAAUCUACAGCAAUCGCAGUCUGAAGGAGAAAGGUUAAUGUUUCAAGAGAGGCUUUACUCCAGACUUCAAUGAAAAGCAUGCACUUCUUUCUCUCUGUGUUAGUAAAGUUUGCCAGCUCCACUUCGUUUCAAUUCAUUGCAUAACUGCCUCGGAAGUGACCGAAAAAAGUUGUGAAAUGAUCAGAAAAUACCUCUUUUUUUUGCUUUUUUUCUGUUGAAGUGCAACAGAACGUUCAUUUUAAAGAACUAAUAAAAGUGCCAUGGCCUAAGCCAAUUGAAAAGUG